UCCUGAUCCUCGAGGAAUCGAAGCAUAUGGCCAAAUAUCCAGACAGAAAAGAAGAGAAGAGAGAAGGGGGGCCGACGAAGAGAGAGAGAGGGGGCAUAUAAAUGAGAGGCUUCAUCCAAAAGCAAGCAAGAGUAAUUUAUAGCCCAAAAACUCAUCAAAGAUUAUCGACAAAAAAUAAAUAAAAUACUAAAAUAAAAUAAAAACAAUGAACAACAGCUAAGCCUAACGCACUGCCCCUUCUCCUCUUUUCCUUUUGAUAGAUUUUCGAUUUCCGUGUCAAGCAAGCAUCCACUCUCCCUCUUUCUCCCAACUCCAUUUCUUAACCCAUGGGCAAUAACCAAACCCCAUCUCAAUAAAUUCUCAUUUACAUCCUUUUUCAUUUGCCCCUUUUCUUGCCUUCUAAUCUUCCUCCCCACCCACUUUCUCCUCUCUAUCUUUUUUCGGACUCAUGGGAUUCCCUUGAUGUGUUGAGUUUUUGGGAGCACUUACACUCCACUUGAUUUUUUGCUCCUCCUCUUUUUUUUUUCUUUUUUUUUUUGUUGUUGUUGGCGGGAGCGGCGAAUUUAGGUGCUGGAAAAUGGGACAGGAGGUGGCAGUUGUGGGCACGGCGGCCGGAGCGCCGCCGCCGACCUCUCUGGCGCCGGGGUUUAGGUUCCACCCUACCGAUGAGGAGCUGGUCAGAUACUAUCUCAGGAGGAAAGCUUGCGGGAAGCCGUUUCGCUUCCAAGCUGUUAUUGAGAUUGACGUCUACAAAUCUGAGCCUUGGGAGCUUGCUGAUUACUCGUCUCUGAAGACUCGAGAUCUCGAAUGGUACUUCUUCAGCCCCGUGGAUAGGAAGUAUGGGAAUGGGUCUCGGCUGAAUCGUGCCACGGGUAAAGGGUAUUGGAAAGCGACUGGAAAGGAUAGAGCCGUGCGCCAUAAGAAUCUAACCAUAGGUAUGAAGAAGACGUUGGUGUUCCAUAGCGGUCGAGCGCCUGAUGGCAAGCGGACCAACUGGGUAAUGCACGAGUAUAGGCUCUGCGAUUCAGAAUUGGAACGGGCUGGAGUGACACAGGAUGCAUUUGUCCUGUGUAGAAUCUUCCAAAAGAGUGGCCUAGGACCCCCGAAUGGGGACCGGUAUGCCCCUUUUGUCGAAGAAGAAUGGGACGAAGAUGCAGUGGUGGUGGUGCCCGGAGGAGACGCUGAAGAUGACGUGGCGAAUGGUGAUGACGCACGAGUUGAGUGCACGGAUCUCGAUCAGGAGACUCCGCCCCUGAGCAUGGCUCCUCCCCAGGUUGAGAACACGACAGGGACGCAGUCUCUAACGUUUAUGUGCAAGAGGGAGAGAUCAGAAGAGCCGGAGCCACUCUCUUUAGCUCAAAGCAAAAGGGGGAAGGCCGAAAAUCCCAACUCGAGCCAUGCAAAUGGAUCCGAGGAUUCGACCACGACCAGCCAGGAUCCUUGUACAAUGAUGAUGACGACAAAUUUUACCUCCGGACUACUGGAGUUUCCUCUAUUAGAGCCGAAAGAGAACCAGCCGGGGAGCACACUGACGUUCGACUCCUCCAACCUAGAGAAGUCGGUGCCUCCCGGGUACCUGAAAUUUAUCAGCAACUUAGAGAACGAGAUCCUGAAUGUCUCCAUGGAGCGGGAGACGUUGAAGAUUGAGGUGAUGAGAGCCCAAGCAAUGAUCAACAUUCUUCAAUCGCGGGUCGAGCUAGUGACCAAAGAAAACGAGGAGUUACGGAGACGUGCGUAGCCUAGGAGGAUAAAUAUGUAAUUUUCUUUUUUCGUGAUGCCAUCUCCAUUGCAUCAGAAGUGAAUUCUGUGUGCUUUUUCUGGAUGGGGGAGAUGAGUAGUGGCCUCUAGAGAGAGAUUUUUGGGUCUGUAUCUGUAUAAAUCUCUCACUAUGAAUCUGUCGAAAAUUCUGUCUUCGUUUCAAUAAAAGAUGAUGUUUAGAAUA